UUCGAGCAUUUUGUCGAUAAUCGAUAGUCGUCUUCUCGUGGUCUCCGCUACACAGUCAUCUAUUACCUAACCGAUCUAUAUACCACGCGUUUCUCUCUCUAGAAUAUUCUUUGAUCGCAACACGAACAUUUACAUCUUACCUCUAAUUUGUAUUCCCUUUCAAUAAACAGAAGCUCUCGAAUUCGAUUGCCGAAGAUUCAAUCACCAAAAUUUUGGUGGAUCGUUUGGUUACUGAUUUGAAAAAUGGAGGCGAAUCAGGAGAAGCAAAAUCAAUCAGCUGAUCAAGAUGGCGACAAUGAAAUUAUUGCUGAAAGUGCUUCAUUCGUGCAUGGAGAACUUCCUCAAGAUGGCAGUGGGCCCCCCAAAGUAGAUUCUGAAGUGGAAAUUCUUCACGAGAAAGUGACGAAGCAAAUUAUCAAAGAAGGUCAUGAUCAGAAGCCAUCCAAAUAUUCAACAUGCUUCUUGCACUAUAGGGCUUGGACAGAAAGCACCCAGCACAAAUUUGAAGACACGUGGCAGGAACAAAGACCAUUCGAGUUGGUGUUGGGAAAAGAGAAGAAAGAAAUGACGGGACUGGGCAUUGGUGUGUCCAGCAUGAAAUCUGGUGAACGUGCAUUGCUACAUGUGGGUUGGGAAUUAGGGUAUGGGAAAGAAGGAAACUUCUCUUUCCCAAAUGUUCCACCCAUGGCAGAUAUUCUAUAUGAGGUUGAGCUUAUUGGUUUUGAUGAAACCAAGGAAGGUAAAGCUCGUGGUGACAUGACAGUGGAGGAGAGGAUUGGAGCAGCAGAUAGAAGAAAGAUGGAUGGAAAUGCUUUAUUCAAGGAGGAAAAACUGGAGGAGGCCAUGCAACAGUAUGAAAUGGCCAUAGCAUAUAUGGGGGAUGACUUCAUGUUCCAGUUGUUUGGUAAGUACCAGGAGAUGGCUUUGGCAGUAAAGAAUCCCUGCCACCUCAACAUGGCAGCAUGUCUGAUAAAACUUGAACGCUAUGAAGAAGCCAUUGGGCAGUGCACAAUUGUAUUGUCUGAGGAUCAAAACAAUGUGAAAGCACUGUUCAGACGGGGAAAGGCUAGAGCAGAACUUGGGCAGACAGAUGCAGCACGAGAGGACUUUCUCAAGGCACGCAAAUAUGCUCCUGAGGACAAAGCUAUUGCGAGGGAAUUACGUUUACUUGCUGAACACGACAAGGCCAUUUAUCAGAAGCAAAAGGAGCUCUACAAAGGAUUGUUUGGAUCAAGACCAGAGCCGAAACCGAAGCGAACUAAUUGGCUGAUCCUGAUUUGGCAAUGGCUGCUGUCACUAUUUUAUAGACUUCUCAAGCGUGAAAGGCAAAAGGCUGAUUAAAGUCUUGGAAAAGAACCGGCGGAUGCCAAUCCACCUCAAAGUUGAAAGUUGUUAGAAGAUGAUUUUUGCUAUUUUGUAUUCGGCCAUUCCAUGUAUAAUCAUAAUUUUUGGAGAAUGUAAAUAAGUUUGCAAUUAUGGCCAUUGGAUAAUGUAAUUAAGUUUUAACCAAUCAUAAGCCUUUUGUGUAUUCAAGUAAA